AAAAAAACGCAUCGUUAUGAAAUGUGCUCGACACAGCCAGCAAACUACGCACGCUUUAAAAUCCAGCUCUUCCCAUCUUGAAAUUACCCGCUACUGUUUCAAAACAAUACCUUGUUGAGCGUGGAGCUGGUCUGAACUGGUCAACCAACUACCAGCUGUUUCAAAACCUAGCUUUAGCCGUUUUUUUUUAGCAGGGGCAUAAACUGAUAACGUUACAUAAUUUCAGCAAAUCAACGGUCCCCAUUCAGGGAAAUUCGCAGGAGGUAAGGGCUAAUUUCAACUUUAAUGAAUGACUGCACUCGCCCACGUCGAUGUAGCCGAUGGCCGUGGCCCGUUCCAUCUGCAGCUCCACCUUCAGAACGCCGCUUCGGUCCUGCGGGCUGCACAGCCACGGUCUCCCGCCCUCCCCGGUCCCGCACAGGUUCUCCACGCAAUUCUUCUGGUCCUGAUUCACGUCGUCAAAACGUCGCACAGCAACGGCAAGCGAUCAGACUGCACGCAGAUCUGAGUUGACCGUCAGCUCAAUAAAUUCAACCCCUCAUUGGCCCCUGACGUGCUGACAGACGGAACAAUAACGCACUUGCUGGCUUGUGAUUGGUCGACCGAGCCCCCAACCCGGAAACUGCCGGCGAAAGAGACGCGUCGCCAGUGCCCCAGAAGAUGGCGGGGGUGUUUGAGGUGGAGGUUGAUGGUGUUGAACACGAUCAUGGACACGGGCACCACGACGAGGCACAGCAGAUCGACCUGUCCCAGCUCUCUGCAGAAGAGAAAUGGAGGUUGGAGCACGCACGGAUGCACGCCAAACACAAGGGGCACGAGGCGAUGCAUGCAGAGAUGGUGCUCAUCCUCAUCGUCACCCUCGUCAUCGCCCAGCUACUGCUGGUGCAGUGGAAACAGAGACACCCCAAAUCCUACAACCUGGUGACCCUGUUCCAGAUGUGGGUGGUCCCGCUCUACUUCACCACUAAGCUGCACUGGUGGAGGUUCCUGGUCACAUGGUUCAUCUUCUCGGCCGUCACGGCGUUCGUCACCUUCAGGGCCACCAGGAAGCCUCUGAGCUGCACCACGCCCAGGCUUGUGUACAAAUGGUUCCUCCUGCUCUACAAGCUGAGCUACACCACGGGGAUUGUGGGAUACAGUGUGGUCAUGUUCACCUUGUUUGGCAUCAAUCUGAUAUUUAGGGUGAAGCCAGAGGACUCGAUGGAUUUCGGGGUGUCCCUGCUGUUCUACGGGCUGUACUACGUGCUGGGCCGGGACUUCGCCGAGAUGUGCGCUGACUUCAUGGCCUCGACUGUGGGGUAUUACAGUGCGUCAGGCAUGCCCACUAAGCACCUCUCUGAUAACAUCUGUGCGGUGUGCGGUCAGGCCAUCCUGGUGGACGUGAGUGAGGAGGGAAUCAUCGAGAACACCUACCGCCUGUCCUGUAACCAUGUAUUCCACGAGUUCUGCAUACGAGGCUGGUGCAUCGUGGGUAAGAAGCAGACCUGCCCCUACUGCAAAGAGAAGGUUGAUCUGAAGAGGAUGUUCAGCAACCCCUGGGAACGGCCUCACGUGAUGUACGGGCAGCUUCUGGAUUGGCUCCGGUAUCUGGUUGCCUGGCAACCUGUAAUCAUCGGCCUGGUUCAAGGGAUCAACUACAUCCUAGGCCUGGAAUGAAACUCCUCCCACCCCCCCACCCACCCAGACGCCAUAUAGCACUCUGGGUACAGACUGCUAAAAGAACCUUGUGAUGGACUCGAAUAUAUAUGUACAUAUAUACAUAUGUGUGUGUCUAUAUAUGUAUAUGUAUAUACUUGUGUAUACAGGUACAUACUAAUCAGUUUUUGAAAUUAAUGAAAUGUUUUACCAGCAA